ACACACACACACAACCUACAAUCUACUGUGUGCACACACACACACACACACAUAACCCUGACUCCCCUCAACUGACACACACUCAACACAAUGAGGAGUACAAUUCUGUCCUCAGUGAGACCACCAAGUCUCUUCUCUUCAGAUCAGACAUAGAGAUCAGGACACAUCUCCUUCGGGACCUCUUUGAUUCUAUUUGGAACACUAGGACCAGAUUCUUCUUCAGACUGGACUGGACAUCCAGACGCAGUGUAGAGUUUGGGACUACAGAUACAUACUCUGUUCUGUUGGAUUGGAAUUGGACCUGGAUUCUCCCUCAGACGUACAGUAUCUAUGGUCUGGAGUAGACAUAUACACUUCUGUCSUCUCGGAUUCUAUUGGAAUUGCAGACUCCCUCUUUAGGAGAACGGGUAUUUCUUGGAUUCUGCUCUAGCCCACUAGACUAGACCUGGGACUAAUCUUCCAAGAAGACUUACUACCUUUGUGUUUUGGGAUUCUGUUGGAGAAMAUAUACUUCUUGGACUGUCUCUAACCAUAUUAUCCGGUUCUGAAUGCUGAAGCUAGUCGCUGACUCCCGGAAGGGAGGAGGUGGAGGAGGGAUUGGAGGGUGUGAGAUGCUCCCCUCACGCCCCAGUCUGUCUGUCUCCCUGCGGGUGAUCAUCUACGGAACGUGUGCCUUGGCACUGGUCAACACUGUGUCUCUACUAGUGCUCCUAGUGCAACAGAACCAGCUGUGGAGCCGUGUGGAGCUCACCGAGGCCAGYCUAGAGGAGGUGGAACAGAGCUCCGUGGUGGAGUUCCUCCAGGAGGUGCCCCGAGAAGUUGUAGCAGCAGGAGGCGCAGGGAGGCUGGCGGAGCUAAGAGGAGGCCCAGGGUGGCUUGCAGGGCUGCGUGGAGGAGGUGCAGGAGGAGGUGAAAUGGGUCUGGGGAAGGAGCAGAGGGAGCAGGGGGAGUACCAGUACUCCCGUAACAAGAGGAGUCGUGAGCUGGAGAGGGAGCUACAACAGGAGUUAAAGGAGGAGCUGAGGCUAGAGCUGAGGGAGCUGAACCAUCAGAAGAACCAGGAACUCCUGCAGGAGGUGACUCAGGGGCUACAUCAGGGGCAGGAGGUGACUCAGGGGCUACAUCAGGGGCAGGAGGUGACUCAGGGGCUACAUCAGGGGCAGGAGGUGACCCAGGGGCUACAUCAGGGGCAGGAAACGGGGCGAGGUGGACUGGACACAGGAGAGGAGGUACACCCUGAGUUGAGAGAGGAGUUACACCACGGGUUGAGGGAAAAGAUGGACAAGGAGAUGGACAAGGAGGGAGAUGAGCUGAACCACAAACACAGGAAGACAAAGGCUUCAGAAGAUGAGAUACAGGACGACAUGAUGAUGAUGAUGACCUAUUCUAUGGUGCCGGUCAAAGUGUUGUUGGAUAUCUGUAACAGCACCAAGGGGUCUGCAUAUCAAGGACKACCCGGCCCUCCUGGACCCCCUGGGCUACCUGGCCUGCAUGGUCUGCCUGGGCACAAUGGCACUGAUGGCAUCCCAGGACUAGACGGUCUGCCUGGGCACAAUGGCACUGAUGGCAUCCCAGGACUAGACGGACUGCCUGGGGCUGAUGGAAAACGAGGGAAGAGAGGUACCACAGGUGAGAAAGGUGAGCCGGGGAAAGGAGAUAGAGGAGACCCUGGACCGCAGGAGAAUACACAAUCGUCCAACGAUGUCAUCUUGGAGGGCCCCCCAGGUCCGGCUGGUCCUCCUGGUACUCCAGGCCCCAUUGGCCCUCCUGGACCUCCUGGCCCACAAGGACGCCAGGGGCCCCCCAGAAACAAGAGCCACCGGGCCAAUCUUUCCAUCCACGCUGCCCAGACCCUGGAUCUGUCACAUGCUGUACCAAACGAUGGGACUCUGUCCGCCAAAGAGGCUGGGAAGUUACAAGAGAUACCACUAAAUAAGAAAAACGAGUGCAUCAUCAAGUCACUGAUCAACCCCCGUAACAUAUCUAAGAUGGAGAGUACGUUCGGAACGUGGAUGAAAGACACGGCUGUGCUGAACGACAAACGCAUUUGGGUGGCCGAACACUUCUCUGGUCGCACGUUGAAGGAGUAUAAGAGCAUCACCUCAUUCCAGAAUGCCACCAGUGAGGUCAUCGACGGCAGGAAGUUCUACCAGGGGUGUGGCCAUGCCGUUCAUAACGGAUCCUUCUUACACAUCGCCGGAACCACCAACCUGGCCAGGUUCGACCUGCAGUCCAAGCGUCUCCACACCCUGGCCAUCGACAAUGCUCUGUACCACAACCUGUCCUACCUUCUCUACAACUCCAAGACCUACUUCAAGCUUGCGGCGGAUGAGAACGGCCUGUGGCUGAUCUUUGCCUCCAGUCUGGACGACAGCAUUAUGGUGGCCCAGCUGGACCUGAAGAGCUUCUCCGUCACAUCGUACAUCAACACCACCUACCCCAGGACCAAGGGCAACGCCUUCGUGGCCUGUGGCGUGCUCUACGUCACCGACACCAAGGACACCCGUGUGACCUUCGCCUUCGACCUUCUGAAGGGGAAACCGGUCAACGUGACCUUUGACCUGAGGUCCCCUGGCGGGGUGCUGGCCACUUCCUAUAGCCCCAAUGACAGACACCUGUAUGUGUGGGAUCAGAGCUACGUGAAGCUGUAUGUGGUGCACUUCAUCUCUGAUGACUGAGGAUGUUUUGAUGGUAUUCUGAGGGUGUUUUGAUGGUAUUCUGAGGGUGUUUUUAUUUUUACAGUAUUCUGACAUUGUUUUGACAGUAUUCGGAUGGUAUUUUAAUGUUAUUCUGAUUAAAGAUGGCCAGCUUUUUAAAGUGCUUAAUUAAAGAUGAACAGCACUAGUGAA